AAAUUGAACAUGUCAAAAUAAAUUUAUAGUUUACAUUUCAUUGAUAUGGUCUUUAUUUUUAUAUGAACGCUAUUGCGUUUCGUCUAACCUAGUUUUCUGAGUGACGACCUGGUUACAGGAGUUGUAGGAUUCUGGAGAGCAACCGAGGCUCAUGGCUGUAACGAUGGACCUGGAGGAGAGCGCGUCAGACUCGAAACUGCACAAGGAUAGCACGGCCAAGAAGGAGUUACGGCCCUCGAGCGCUGUCUCGUUCUCCAAAUCAGAUCAUGGGCCAGAACCGGCAUGUUCUAAUGAGCAACUGAAGCAGUUCAAAUCCUGGGUAAGCAACGAGAGAUGGAAUGAACUGAAGAAGUUGGCUGAAAACGCGAUGAGGGAGCGAAAAGUAUUCAUGAUAAAGGGCGGAGGAUUCCCGGCGGUGCGGAGAGCUCUCCUGGAGAGGGGCUGGAUAGAGAAAUAUGAAUCGCACAAGGCACGGCAUCCACCGGCAAAUAUGGAUCCUAAAAAAGCAACAGGUAAAGAACUUAACAGAGUGGAGAGGAUGAUUCUAUACAAAUUCAUGGAACAACAUUCAGUGGAUUUCUUGUGGACAACGAAAAGGGACAAAUACGAUUGGUUGCUUAGUAACAAAGAAGUUAUUAUUAGCAGAUUCUGCAGGUCGAUAUUUACAACCAAGGAAGGUUUGACGACGUCUUUGACCCAAAUGCACUGGUAUACCGAGCCCGGGGUUGCGUUAACAAGGUUCCCACGCUGCUACAACAUUCACAACUCGGAUAGCCUUGAGGAGUUUAUCGACGAUUUUAGAAUAACAGCAUGCAUCAGUAUCCUAAAAUGGCUAUCUAAUGCGGUGCAAACUGGCGGGGAGCAAACUCUGGUCGUGACUCACGGAAAGGUUCCGUUCAGUUCAAUAGACUUUGCCAUAACUAGACUUAACGAGUACAUAUCGUUCUUCACACAUAAAGACAUAGAUGAUACGGAAGACCAGGCUCAACACAUUUGGGAACACGAAUGGGAUCAAUUUCUAACGCAUCAUUAUCUCCUGGUUCACGAAAAAGCCAAGUUUAUGGAGGACAAAAAUACUAACUUAAGACAACUUGAAAGAAAAGCAGCCAAGACUCUAGCGACGAUGACGAAAUUCUGGCCCCAAAUUGACAUCGACGGCGUCCUGAACAUCUGGAUAGUGAAGCCGGGCAACAAGUGCCGCGGCCGGGGCAUCCAGCUCAUGAACAACAUCAAGGAUAUCAUCGGCCUCAUCAACAUCCCCGCUCAGAAGACUAGAUACGUUGUGCAGAAAUACAUUGAAAACCCCCUUGUUAUUUAUGAUACCAAAUUCGAUAUAAGACAGUGGUUUCUGAUCACGAAUUGUCAACCGCUCACCAUCUGGAUAUACAAGGACAGUUACCUAAGAUUUAGUUCUCAGAUAUUCAGCUUGUCAAAUUACCACGAGUCUGUGCAUCUCACUAAUAAUGCAGUGCAGACGAAAUACAAAAACAACGGUGACCGUGAUAAAGCGCUACCUGAUGAAAACAUGUGGGACUGUCACACCUUCAAGGCUUACCUUAGACAGAUAGGAAAGUAUGAGAUGUGGGAUUCGAAGAUAUAUCCCGGGAUCAAACAGAGCCUAAUAGGCGCGAUGCUGGCAUGCCAGGAGACGAUGGACAAAAGGCAAAACAGUUUCGAGCUAUACGGAGCGGACUUUAUGCUAACAGAGGACUUCACGCCGUGGCUUAUCGAGAUCAAUUCUAGUCCUGACUUGGCUCCCACAACUUCAGUAACAGCUCGGCUAUGCCCUCAAUGCCUUGAAGAUGUCGUUAAAGUCGUUUUGGAUCGACGUCACAACCCGGAAGCCGACACAGGAACAUUUGAACUGGCCUACAGGCAGGUCAUCCCCAAAGCGCCGGCCUACCUAGGUUUAUCGCUAUGUGUCAACGGGAAAAAACUCUACAAGAAGUCAAAGGAACGAAGACACGAGCCGAAGACCGUAACGCCAUUGGAGCCUCGGGCGCCGUCUGGUGACACGAACCCUGACCAAGACCAGCCGGUGCCAGCGGAGUACAGCGGACCCAUUAUCACCGAUUUCCUCACGUGGUUAAACCCUUACGACGCCUUGCCAACCAACAAAGACGGAAUUUUGAUCGGACCAAAGGACUCCCUCACGGUACGCCAGGCCCUUACUGUCGUCAAAUCAGGCAUCGCGCUGAGUAAUACUUCGGCGAAAAAACGUAAAACCUCCCUUUCUUCUAGGACACAUCGAGGAAGGCGAGAAAGAAAUUUGUCAGAAUUUAAACGCCGAGUCGUGCCUCACUCGUGUUGUCAGCCCGAUGAGGGCAAAUCCGCAAAUAACGCCGGGAAAUUUCGAACUGAAUCUGCGAGCAAAGCGGAUAAGAAGAUUAACAGGUCGGUUGGUAACAAACGGUGCUACAUAGAUCCGGCUGAAUGGGAGCGAGAAACGGCUAGUAUUCUUCGGCCUACCAUUUCGGUGCAAAACAAAAUCACCAGUAGAUCAGAAACAACCCAAUCAACACAAAUUAACCCCUUGCGUCACUCUAAAUCCGGAAUUAUAGGCUCUCAAAAAACACAUUUGGUAUCACAAACUGGAGAAGUCGAUGCAGAUUCAAUAAAAAAAUUGAGUGCUAUCGGUAGGAAUAUCUGUAAGUUGAGGGAUGAAAGUAGAAACAAACAAAAGACAAUAAAUUUCUCUAAAAGCUGUGCAUCUAUUUAUGCUCCUUAUCGUGUUGUUGUUACGCCUCUCAACGAUGAAUCUUAGGGCUUUAGUACAAAGAGAAAGAGUACCUAACGCUUUAAAAAUUAAUAAUGUAUUUUGAUUCUGUGCUGAACUUUUGUUUAUAAAACAAAUUGAGUGAGAUGGUAUGAAUUUUUAAAAUUGUUAAACUUCUGAGAUUAUUUUUAUUGUGCUGUUGAUAUCUUCAAAUUCUAUACUAAAAUUAUUAUAAUGUGUGUUAAAAUAAUGUAAUAAAAUGUAAGUAGCUUAUUUA